ACAACUUUUGCGACGCGACAUCUCUAGAUCCAAGAACCCAAACCGCGACUUCGAUAUAAUGCUUCCACAGUGGAGAAGCUCCUGAUUCCAUGGCAGCUGCUCUGCGAUUUGAUCUGGAAUCUCUGCUCGCCGCAACAUGGCGUCACAGAAUCGAGCUCCGGAUUAUCUGCCGCCGCUGAACGACUGCUUCAGCGGCGAAGCAAUCAUCCUCUCCUGGGUGGAGGCCUUUCUGGCUUUGUGCGAUCUCGAUAUUCUGAGUCGAAAGUAUCGGAGGAGUGCCGACAAGGCGGCCGCGCAAGUCAAGUACCCAAGUGGCAUAGAACAUUUCCUCACCCAGGGGCCUAGCAGAGAGAUCCUGCGCCGAAAUCUAUAUCCUUUUCAAAAAUGCAGUCCGGACACGAAGAAGGCGUUUGAUGCGACGACUGCGCCGAUCAAUGUAACGCCUUCAGACACAUCUAAAACGCUCAUCGAGGACAGCUUAUGGCUUUCCAAACAGACUGGGAUCGACGAAUCUGCAAGCUUGAGAGUUGCCCUAAUAGAGUACCAGGAUAGAUCACGGAUCCAAUUGGCAUCUGGGUUGACCGAAGAAGAAGCUGUGGGCAUACAAGAAGCAUGGAAGAACUCUAGUCUGAGAGGGCCUAGUUUCAGCAUGAGCACUUCUGUAUUAGGAAUACCUACGAAGACUGAAAGGCAAACAUUCUUAUCUACAGAAAGGAGAAAAAGAAGGCUAUUAGAAAUUUACAUGGCCGAAAAGAAUGCAAUACUUGCUGUUGGUAAGCUUCUCCUUCAGCAUGCCUUGUCAGAUGGGCUAGACUGCCUUCCCUGGGUCAGUUCACUGUCAAAAGAUAUUGCCGAUAGCCAAGGAUUGGAGAUACCGCCCACGCAAGAUGGCCCUGUAAGGAUAAAUGGCACAGUCACGAAAUUCAUACCUACCGGCAUAGCAGCCUUGCGCGCAGCAGUCUCCAAUGCCGCCAUCUGUCCGUGGGAAAUGGUAUCUGACGAAGGAGAUUUCAUUGUUCUGUGGGGUUCACAGCAAAUGACAGAAAUGAUACAAAUUUUGCAGUAUCUCUUCAUUCAUGUGUCGGCGUCCACAGUCCCUCAAGAGGCACAAGAUGUCGCUUCCUGGUAUUCCUACAUGGCGGAGUCCGAGUUUUUCGCACGAUACGAACCUCCCGCGAGUCAGCAGAGCAUUUCGCAUUUUCAACUGCUCAUUUCUAGUAUCUCUUUGUCUAUUCUGAGCACGCAAGCUACUAUCGUUAAUGCCGAAGACUAUGCGGCAGCAUUGGUCGAGUCCGCCGACAAUAGGAACAUCGCGAAACACCUAUAUUUUUCGGAUAUUGAGUGUCUCCACAUCAUACACGAGGCUUUAUCAAAGGCUUCAGGGUCUGGUCCUAGCCCAGCGACACCGGCUAUCUUGGCUUGGAGUCUUAUAUCACGAGCUUUACUGUUUCAAAAGGAGAAUAUCGAAUCUACCACGUCACUUGGUAUCGAUGAUAGCCCUGAAGAACGACGUCAAUCUACCUCUAUUCCCACGGUCUUCGAUGAAUUCUCAAAUUUUAUGAAUCAGCACCGUAGCGACGACGACCCACACCCAACGAUGCUCAUUGCGAUGUCAAGUAUUCAGGACGGCAGGGUUUUUCAGCUCAUCGUGGGUUUCAUGUCUUUGCUCGCAUCUGCUUGCGGAUCUCAUAAUGAGCUCGUUAUUGAAUCUCAUAUACGAAAAGUUUUCCUGGAACUUAUCGGCGAAGCCGUUGGCAUCGUUCAAUAUUCUCAAGAGAUCGUUCUUGCCACUCUAGCUAUCCUGAAUGCGGCUUUUACUCAUGAUUCCGACAGCGUAGCCUUAGCCACAAUUAACGCAGUGCAGUACCUCCAGAAGAACGACCUCCUGCGCGAGGAGAUUCUUGGCAAAGCAUUACUGCGCUUCCCUUUCGAGAUCAUACCAGCACUCAAACUUGGUCGGGCAGCAAUGCUAGUGCGGAAAGACGACGAAUCACCUGAGUCUUUCACAGAGCUACGCAACAUGAAAGCGUUCACUUUAUCUGUUCCAACACGUCAAUAUCAAGUCCUUUUCCAGACAAGAGAGGACGAGCACGGAAAUCCACGGGCUCGUCUGGACGAUGAAUUACGACUCUUCGCUCCAUUGACCAGCUCCAAGACCAGCUGGCGCAGUCGACGUGAGGGUUCGCCCGCUGACACACUCUUGAUAGUUCCUGCUGGCUCCGAAGGCUACUUGAGUCAAGGUGAAGGGGCCCAUGUCGUCUCACUGGAAUACGAAUACAGUGCGAUCGACUAUUUAGCCAAGCUGCUCUCUACAGCUACUGCGAACGCCGAUUCCGUGGCGACCAUGUCAGAAAGUGCACCAGACCUCGAAGUUAUAUGUGAAUCGGUCGCUUUCUUCACAUCUAUACUCAGUACUCAAGCAAAGACAGAAAGUGCAGAAGGUAGCGCACUAAAGAUACUCGAGCAAGCCCAAGUGACUAUCGACUCUGAUGGUGAUCUGAUAUCAGUAGUACUCGACAUUUUCGAAAAGAAUCUGAGGAGCGACAAACUGCGCACUGAUAGCGAUCUGACAGUUGAGCUUUAUAGCAACUGCGUUGCGUUUCUGGACGUCUUGCUGCUCAUCCAACCAAGCAGAGUGUGGUCUUUCCUAGCCCGCACGCAGUUCCUCGAGCUGCAUCGCAGUAACGUCAAUCUAGCAUCUAUCAUUCUGGCUGUUGAGACUGUGCUCGGGCAGUAUGAUUUGCUGUUGAGCUGUAUUCGACUGACGAGCUCUUUGGUCGAGAAUGCAAUUUCUACCACGAUAAAGCCUGCCGUAUCCACCAAAGCAUUGUCACGAUUUGGCUCUGUGCGGUCACGAGCCGCCCCCAGCCCGGCCAAGUCGCAAUCGUCAGUGAUAGCUACCUUCCUGAAGGUCUUCACAGGCGCGUUAGAGUCACUUCCUAACUGGCGAUUCAACGACCCGACGGAUCAGCUUAAAAUCAACACGUCUCUUAUGCUUCUCUUCGACAAAAUACUCACUUAUACUUACGGCUUCGAUGAUCCGACCAAGGAAAAAGGACAUGUUGGUGAAGUCAUGUUUCCUUCCGCAAAAUACCUUUUGGAUAUAUAUCUAUCGGUUUCGUCGAAUGAGAUGGCUGUAUUACCAACAUUGAAUCUGCUGGCUACGGGGUUGAAAAUGAGUCCUUCGCCUGUUCACAUGCAAACCUACGAGCUUGUCGUCACUCAAACGAAGGCUACGCUAUCGUUCAGCACAACACUGCUUCGUGUUGGUACUUUGAUGAAUCACCCUACGUCAAGAUUUGAACAGCUACUGUUCAGAUCAGCGCCUAUAAUCAUCCGACUGUUUGCACGUCUGGGCUCGUGUCAAUCCAAUGUCCUCAAGCUUCUCACGGCCAUGAUCGAAAGCGGAGGUAGGAUGUCGGACGACCCGCCCUCGUUACUUGGUCACCUUGGAACAGAUACCGCGAAAUGUUUCUUGCAACUCAUCUCAUCGUAUCCUCGGCGACUUCACCAAGAUAACACGGGCGUCAGCCUUUGGACUUUCCUGACCACCAUUAUCACUGCCCGGCAACAGUGGCUUACCGUCUAUUUACUGACCGGUAAAUCUCCUCGAGAAUCUUUCAAAUCUACCACUACGGCGUCGUCCGCCGAACAAACUAAACCUGUCUUGCAGGUAGCGUUAGAGAAGGUGAAAAACCUGAGCAAUAUACCUGAGCAGGAGGCUCUCGCAGUUUUGAGGUUCUUGUCCGCCGUGCAGAGCUACGUGCCAUGGGCGCUUGUCAAGCACGAAACAGAAUAUAGGACAUCGAAAGAUAGCAUGGUCAGCACUCUCAGCAACAUGCAAUGGGAUAGCAAGAGCAGUAAACAAGAAGAGAAAGCGUAUCAGCUCUCUAUAGCGGCCAUCAUCACUGAAAUUCUAGCCAUGGAGAUUCACGAUGCCAGGAACCGAGGAGCAAAGGUAGAUACACGAUCUUUGUACCCACACUUACAUCUUCUCCGUAAUAAUGGUGUGGAACCCCCGGCAUUCAACAACUCCCUUCACGCAAGUCUACAGAAGAAUCUGGAAACCAAAUUCCCGGGCAGUAAAUUGGAGCGCUUCAAACAUACGUCAGUUACUGCAACAUAUCUUGGGACCAAUUAUUGCUACGAUCUCGAUCUAGCAACAAAAUUACUUGGUGGCGACCAAGCGUGGAAGCAGAAUAGUGAAGACGGAUAUUGGCACGAGUUCUGUCGGGCCAAUAUCAACCUAUCAUUCGUUGAGUCCCAGAUCAUGCUUCUCAACAGCUGGAAGCUACUGACUAUCGAACUAAGUCACGCCAUCUCAGAUGAUGAUCAAUGGACACAAGCAUUGGUACAAACAGCUAGGGACUGUCUGAAAGCUAAUGCCGAAUCACAGCUUCCAGAGGCACUCUUCGAAAGACUGUCAUCCGUUCGCGUUGACUUUGCUUUCGCGUUGAUUCAGAAAUUGGUCAACAUGAAAUGCGGGGAUCCGAGUGCUCUCGAGUUGGUCAAAACGGUAUGGGACACCAUGACUGCGAGCGUGCCAGACUUCAACAAUGUGUUUGCCAGUCCCACCGCGGAGUACUAUCGCUCACUCCUAAGAGUCCUAUUCCUGACAUUGCAAUUUCACGUCUGGAGCCCAGGGGAUAGGGGCAAUACGAAAGGCCCCAAACAAAAAGCCUCGGAGCUGCGAAUGACUAUCGAUGUAACACCGAUUCUGCUCGAGAUUCUCAAUACAGUCAUUGCGACUGGUUUCCGUUGUCUUGCGAAUAUGUUACAUGAAGACUCAUCACUCUGCUCACCGACUGAUUUUGUGCUCCUGACGGCAAUACUUCAAAAGCUUCUGCUGGUCCCAAGCAUAAGAACGAUCCAGCACGAUAUUGCGUCUGACAUUGCAAAGAGUGAGACUUCACGAUAUGCCACUACGUUAUUCUCAUGGUCAGAUCGUCUUUCUGCGAAUGAUGGGGACCCUCUGUACGGAGAGCUGAGUAUACUAUUCCUUCUCGAGCUCUCGAUCAUCACGCCUGUAGCAGAACAUCUUGCUAUAGAAGGAGUCUUGUCUCAGUUGAAUGAUGCAGCUAUCAUGGAAUACUUGCGCCGUCCCAACGGAACUGGUCCUUUCGAUCAUCCGCCACGCAUGUUUUCCAUCUGGACUCGAGGAAUCCUUCCGCUUUGUCUGAAUCUCCUCCAUGCUGUAGGACCGCCUAUCGCUGCUGAGGUCGCCACUUUCCUUAACCAGUUUCCUGGACAACUCGAACGUGCUGGUACGUCGCUCAGCGGCCGGAUCGCACCGUCAGUCUCCAAUCCCAAUGUUGGCAGGAUCACGUUAGGCAUGGCAUCCGAGGCACAUUCGCUUUCCCUGAUCUCGUUGCUGCUCGAUCAAUACCGCCUGAGAGGUACAUCGGAAGGAAUUGUGGCGGGCGAGGUGCCAUCCUUAGACUGGGACAGGAUGGGGGUGAAGGAGGAUAUUGACGGUUGGCUACAAGGCAAACGGGGCUUGCGCGACAGGAUAGUGCCUGCCAAUGAGAAAGAGCUCGAGUUUCUUGGGGUGAGAGCAUCAGAUGCAGCAUCCGAGAGUAAGCUUGAAGAACGUAUCAUUGCCGAAUUUGCCGGAGCAUUGGAAUGUUUGAAUAUGAACAUACAGAAUUGAGCGAAAAGUUAAUAAUGUUGUAAGUUGAAUGCAUUUGCGCGGCGCUGGACGAAUUGAAAUAGAGGCUCGCUCAUGGAGUUCGAAUCAGACCUGUACCAUGCCUAUCCUUAAGCUACAUACGUGC